UCCAUACCAUUGUUGAGAUCAUAUCUGAUAUUCUUCCUGCAGCUCAAUACCACCAUUCUUAAGAUGGAAUCGAGCUUUAACACUGCAGAAUUAUCCUCCUCCUUCUUCCUCAUUCCCUUUGCGCUCUGCUUGAUCUGUCAUCUGGUGAUGAUGAUGAGGAAACAGUGCAGAAGGAAAGAAGGGCUGCCGGAGAAGCUGCAGCUUCCGCCGGGCUCCAUGGGCUGGCCGCUCAUCGGAGAGACCUUUCAGCUCUAUUCUCAGCAUCCAAACAUCUUCUUCGCUACCAGGCAACAAAGGCAUGGCGAGAUAUUCAAAACUCACCUUCUGGGGUACCCCUGCGUGAUGCUAGCAAGCCCAGAAGCCUCACGCUUCGUCUUAACCACCCAUUCCCACCUCUUCAAACCAACCUACCCCCGCAGCAAAGAACGCUUAAUCGGCCCCUCAGCUCUCUUCUUCCACCAUGGCUCCUACCACACCAUUCUCCGCAAGCUCCUCCGCACCUCCUUCUCCCCUCUCGCCCUUCGCCGCCUCACCCCCGCCAUCAAUUCCGCCGCCUCAUCCACCCUCCAAUCCUGGACUGGCCGCACCCUCUCCUCCUUCCACGCAUUCAAAAAUCUCUCCUUUGACAUCGGCAUCCUCACCAUCUUCGGCGAGCAUCUAGUCGAACACAUGCAAAAAAACGAGUUGAAGCAAAACUACUUCAUCGUCGACGACGGUUACAAUUCCUUUCCAAACCGCAUUCCGGGGACUCUGUACAGCAAGGCGGUGAAGGCGAGGAGGAGGCUUGGGGAGAUAUUGGGGGAGGUGGUGAAGGAGAGGAGGGCGAAGAAGAAUGGAGAGAUGAAGGAUUUGUUGAGUAGUUUCAUGGAGUGGAGGGGGGAUGAGGAAGAGAAGCUGAGUGAUGAGCAGAUCUGUGAUAAUAUUAUUGGGGUUUUAUUUGCGGCGCAGGACACUACUGCAAGUGCGCUUACGUGGGUUGUUAAGUACCUGCAUGAUUAUCCGAAGUUACUGGAGGCGGUAAAGGAUGAACAGAUGGCGAUUUUUGAUUUGAAUGAUGGGGGAAGACGGCCAUUACAGUGGGCUCAAACGAGGAACAUGUGUGUUACACAUAGGGUUAUAUUGGAGAGCUUGAGAAUGGCAAGCAUCAUCUCCUUCACCUUUAGAGAGGCAGUUGCCGAUGUGGAGUACAAAGGAUAUCUGAUCCCCAAGGGAUGGAAAGUGAUGCCUUUGUUCAGAAAUAUUCAUCACAACCCUGAAUUUUUCCCAGAUCCGCAGAAGUUUGACAUCUCUAGAUUCAAUGCCUCUCCCAAGCCCAACACCUUCCUGCCCUUCGGAACUGGAGUCCAUUCUUGCCCUGGGAACGAGCUUGCCAAGCUUCAGAUGCUGAUCUUUAUCCACCACUUGGUGACCAAAUAUAGAUUCGAAGUGGUGGGAUCUAAUAGUGAGGUGGAGUAUUGCCCGUUCCCGGUCCCAAAGCACGGCCUUCCGGUGAGCCUACGGAGCUGCUCCCACGAGAACGGCGGCAGGCAAUGAGAACACACAAAAGCGCCAUGUUUGCUGGAUGCCACUUAUGUGGCCCAACGGCUAGUUUUCAAGCACUGGGAAGAAGAUCAUACAUCGCCUACUAGUUAUUCUUUCUUCCUUUUAUUACCCUUUUUGUUCUGGGCUCAUAAUACAAUUAUUGUGAGGUCCACCGGAAUUGUGUAAAUUAGUUAUAUGUGUAGAUUGUUUUGCAAUGUUUUGUACAUAAUUUUCUUCUCUUUUUGGGCUCACAAUACAAUCUUUGUGAGGCCCACCACAAAAAUGCAAUUUGUAAUAUAUGCAAUGUGCUGCUGCUUA